UCUUCGGCAGCGACUCCUCAUGGACGGCAUCCUGAGCGGCGUGGUGAAGUGCGGCGGCUAUCGCUGGGACGACGGGACGCGCUAUGUGGGCGACUGGAGCGGACGCGGCCAGAAGCACGGCCUGGGACACCUGCUGUUGCCUGACGGCACGCGCUACGACGGCGCCUUCAGCCACGGCAUGUGCUCCGGCCUGGGUGUGAUGGUCUUCCCGGACGGCGCCAAGUACGAGGGUGAGUUCAUGCAGGGCUGGUUCCACGGACACGGAAUCUUCUGGCGCAGCGACGGAAUGCGCUACGAAGGAGAGUUCCGCGGCGGCCGCAUUUGGGGCCUCGGCCUCGUCACGUUCAGCGACGGGAGCCACGGAUUCCCACGCAACGAGGGCUUCUUCCAGGACUGCCGCCUCAUCCGCAAGAAGCGCUGUCCGGAGGUGGUGCAGAAGGCCCAGAAGAUCGCUUUGAUGGCCAGAGCGCAGUGCGACGAGGCUUUUUGAACAUGUGAUGCGUGUACUCUUGAAAUACAGAUGUCGCUAGUUAACGAAGAGGGGGAGUUUCAGUU